AUCUGUGCCCCUCCCCAAUGAAGAAUUCUCAGCUCCCCAGCACAUACUUCCUAGAAAGAGCCCGAAAGACAAAGUACCAAACCAAGGGCACACACCCUCCCCAGCUGUCUGUAGCUCCGAGGCCAAGAAGCACCAGCACUCAUCCUCACAGAGCCUGGACGGGAUGGCGGCUGCACAGAAAGAGGUCACUGACCUCAGGGACCACCUGGAGGCCCUGAAGUGCCAGACAGAAAUCUAUGAGGCGGAUUACAGGACUGAGCAAAAGGAUUGGCAGCAUAUCAAAGCAGAGAAUGCAAAACUCAGGCAAAAGGAGGAGGAGAUGAAGCAGCAAGUGGCCUUGCUGGAGGAGCAGGUGAAGAUCUUUGAAGACGACUUCUGGAAGGAACGCUCAGACAAGCAAGUGCUUCAGCGCCUCCUGAAGAGAAAGCCUGAUGCCAAGAAGUCCGUCCUGCCCCAUCACUGUAAGGGCCAGGAGAAGCCCUUGAAUGGCUCCUGUAGCUGCAGCUGCCACAAGAACCAACAGCACCAGUGACAACAGGAGUACAGGAGGCAUCCGCAGGGCUCAGAGGCAAAGCCCUCUGCCUCCCCCUUCCACACAAACUGAAAACCAGAGCAGAACCUCCUGAGCUGCCAAAGAGAACAUCUUCUGCUUCUGCUCCCUGUGCCCCCCCCUUGCUUAUGGUAUGCCCCGAGAAGACAUACAACAGCAUCCAGCACUGAGCACAGCGUCACUGAAAGAAAAAAACAGCCAUAGGACAGGGAAACCCUUCCCAGGGAAGGUGUUAACUCUUUGUCCAUGAAACUGCCCCUCCUAGUCUCCUUUUUUGGGUGGUGGGGAGGCACAAUACAGGUACCUGCCUGUUUCACAACUUGAGUUUAAAAUAAGCUCCUUGAAGAGACAAGAAUUUCAAAGAAGGAAGCAGC